AUGCCUACCCACGUCUUCAACACGGACCUCGACUCCUUCUCCGAGGAGCAGAUCGAGAAGCUCGGCGCCUCUCGCGCUGCCAUUCUCGAGCCCGCCUUUGAUGAGUAUCUCAUGUCCGACGACCUACAUGAGACACCCCUUCCGCCAUCCUCGAUACAGCUCCUCCCCGCCUCAGACCUCAGCGUGAAGCUCACGCGCGCCGCCAAAAGCGAUACGGCCAUGGAGGUCAGCAUCAGCAAAAUCUCUGACCCGGACGCGGACAAUUUUAUGGGGUUUAGCACCGAGGAUAACUGCAUCGUUUUCAAGGGAGAGAUGGGGCUUUUUGAUUCCUUCCUCGAGUUUGCAGAGUCCAUCACCCAAGACAAGGACGUGACUGUCGUGUUCAAGACUGCCAACGAGAUCCGCAUACCUCGCCAAGGUCUGGAGUAUGGCUUGAGUUACGAGAAGUUUGCAGCGCGUGUCGAAUUGUUGGAAUGUGCCAUGUGGAUUAGAGCUUCACGGCCAGGACAAGGACACAACUCAGAACCCGAUGUCUCAUCAAACACCAUUCAUCCCAGCACACCCCCUCAGAACCUUUCAUUUAGGGGAGUCAUUCCUUCAAGCGCCGGGACGCCCGACUUGGAUCAUCUACGAGGCAGAAACAUGGCAGAGUGCAGAAGUCCGUCCAGCGACUCAUCACUGUCUCCUCCACCCGAGAUUAUCACCACUCCACCAUCAUUCAGACACCUGAGAAAGGAACUUCUUGGCAAUGAGGAUUUGAAAAGGGUCAGCGAUGAAAACAAGAUCAGAACGCCAGCUCGAAGAGUUCGAAUCAUGACCAGAGGGUCUACCAAGAAGUAA